CUUCUGCCUGAAAUGGCCAAGGAAAAUUCCCCAUCACUAGCUGAAGUUGUAAAACGAGUUGCAGAGCAACAGCAGUCACAGGCAUCAGACAUAGAAAAAAGCAAAGCAGUUCUUUUCCUAUUGCAGGCAAAGUGCCAGGAACUAGAAAAAGAAAUGAAUUCUGUUCUGUUAGAAACAAAGACAACAGAAAGGGAGAUACAUCUGCAAGACGAUGCCAUAGAAGUGACAAAAUAUCGCUGUGAAAAUCUGGAGGCCCAAGUCAGAGCCCUGUAUUCUGAAAAUUUAAAAUUGAGGUGUGAUGCAGAAACAAUACAAGAGGAGUUUGAGAUGAAACUUGCACGAAAUAAUGAAUAUCGGGAAAAAAUAAAGGAUCAUAAACAUCUCUUUUGGGAGAUGGAAAGUAAAUUGCCAAUUAUGAUUGAACUUGCUGAAAAGAAAGCGGUUGUGGAAGAAUUAAAGGCAAAGAAAGAGGAAUUAAUAUGUGAUCUGCAGAAUCCAGAAGGAUCUGUUAUAAAACAAGUGCAGGAAGAAAUCACACAUUUAAAAAGUGAAGUCACAACAUUGAAAGAUUUGAUCAAUAAAAAAAGAGAUCUGCUGGAAGAAGAGAAAAAAAAGCAUGCUAAGCUUAGAAAGGAAAUUGAGGUACAGAAUAAGAGAUAUGAUGCUAUAUUAAAACGUUUGCAUUGCCAACUGAACAAAGUCCAAUCAAAUAAAAGACAAUGGCACUGGAACAUUCAGCAGUUGGAGAAGAAGGCUGCAGAACUAAGAAAAUGUCUUGGAGUAGCAGAGUUACAAAACAUCGUGUAACAAACUUAACAAAGAAUAGAAUGCACGUAAUCUUUUCCAGGCAGUGGUUUUUUUUUCUGGAAAUGCUAGAAAUCUUAAAUAGCCUGAUAACUGGGCCAGGCCUCAGUGAUUUCUUUCUUUUUAAUAUUUUUCUCUCUUUCAUUUUGUGGCCCAAACUAAUAGCCACAAUAAUGAGUUAGCUGUUCAGGAAUAACUUAGUUGUUCAGGAAGAAAAUUUGUGACACUUCCAGGUGUUUUCAAAAUAUAUGUCAGUUUUAUCUAAAAAGUUAUAAGUCAGCCAAACAAGAUUUGGGAAGUCCCUUUAUAUCUCACUUGGUCUCCGGAUGUUGGGAUAUAUGCUGCUUUUCCUACAGAGAAAUUAAUAUUGGUAUAUAUUUGCACUCCUGAGACACCAAAGUUCUUUUAUCUUUUAUCCACAUCCCUUUUUAUUGCAACUUGCUAAGGAACUCUGAAAUCUUAAUGGCCCAUAUUAUGCUCUGUGGGAAACUCACAUAGAAGAUGUUACAGUAUGCUAGGAUGUUUUGGAAUGGGGGCCAAAGGCUGUCCAGUUGUAAAAGGCUUUGGAACAAGUAUGCUCCAAACUGGACUUCAAAUCAUCUGACUUCAGCUGGUCUAAUAGAUGUUAGCAAAGAGGAGUGAGUACGUACUACAUCUGGGCAGCUUGUAAAAUGGAACAACUCACCCUCAAGAAACACGAAUCCAUUAUAGAUUGAUG